AUAUGGCAGGCAUAUAUUUUUUUCUCGUUAAAGUUUUGGUACGUGUUUACACGAUGCGGCCGCGAGAGCGAGCCGUGCGCGUCCGCAACGUUGCCGUUGUACCGGUGACGCGGUUUAUCAUUAUCACUGACCGCAGAGUCGGCCUAAAGGAUUCUAGUGUAAACCAACAAAAUCCAUGCGUGGAGUCCGACCAAAGACGUUGGAUAAAUGAUCAAUCGGUUGACAAGAGUUCGACAACGCCGCGUAUCGUGAAAUGCCGAAAUUUUAGGAGAGAGAAAAAAUGCGGACGCCAUUUUGCGUCGGACGUGUCGUGUUUUUGUGUCGCUACGAUAUGUUAAAUGUCCGACGACCGGACAA